GUAACCGCACACGCAUAUGUUAAUAAUAACCUUCACUUGGAACACUGACAUGCGGCGAUGAAGACCAUCCUCGCUAAUCGAUUUGUCGGACUCUUCCUGGCUCUGCUGGUACUUGUAGGUGUCUUUCAACUCGGCGCUCGAAGCAGUGGAGGUAUCUCUGGCUAUGAGUACUUUAGCACAGGGUCGACAGUAUCCUCUCAGAAAGGAGGCUGGCACGUUGGACAGAUCUUCUCGGGCAAUCUCGGCACUUCAAAAGCUGGCGGCAAUAAAGAUGCCAUCCUCUACGUUCACUACGACGGAGAUCCAAUUGGCCAACGCAACAUACAAUUCUUUGUGGAUCAUGCGUUACACAGCCGAGCGGACUUUUACUUCAUCAUUCAGGGGUAUAACCUGACUAUGGAGAUCCCAAGGGCAAACAAUAUCUUUGUCAUCAAGCGUGAGAACAGCUGCUACGAUCUCGGAGCAUUUGGUGUAGUCUUGCAGGCUGAUGACGGACUUGUGCUCAAAAAGUAUAAGCGGUUCCUCUUGACCAAUUCAUCAGUGCGGGGGCCAUUCUUCCCCAAUUGGGCACGCAUCAACAAAGACGCCUGCUGGAGCAACAAGUUCUUCAAUGUGCUGAGUGAUCGCGUCAAGCUGGUCGGGUUGACGCCUGCCUGCGACCAGGUUGUGGGUCCCAAGCAUUUACAGUCGUUCGCGCUUGCUCUGGAUCGAACGGGCCUCGAUACCAUCUUGCCUGCUUUGCAAUGUUUCAGCAAUCGAGACGAUGCCAUCAACAAGGGUGAAUUGGCCAUCACCAAGACUAUCCUGGAUGCCGGCUACGAGGCCGUUCCUUUGUACUCGCAAUACAAGGAAUUUGACAGGACGAAUGGCGAGUAUUGGGGGAAUUGCUCACAUCCGGAUGUACAGCUGCCUGCUGGGUAUGCGGGCAUGGAUGCACAUCCGUUUGACUUGAUGUUCACGAAAGUCUCUCGCAUCCAUUUCAAUGAGGUCAUGGAGCCUUUAACACCGUUGGGCAUGACUGCACUGGACAGACUGACUGAAUGGGCGGAUCAGAGUCAGUUCUCGAGCUACGAGCAGUGUGGAUAGCUGCCUGCUUAGCCAUGAUGAAUUGAAGACAUGAAAUGAAGAUAGACUCCCUAUAGAUGGCCACUGUACAGACCAUCCGCAUAAAUUUCGCGUUUUUCCCAGGUCAGGUUGCAGGCUCCGG